AUGUCAACUCUCACUACUUUUCAUCCUCUCACAAAACUACGCCCUUUUAAGAGUAACUGGCGAGUUCAGGUCAAGUGUUUACAUUCUUGGAGGCAGAACACUGCUUUUGGUGAUACAUUUGAGAUGGUUUUAGCAGACCAAUGGGGAAAUAAAAUUCAGGCCUCUUGCAAAAAAACCCUUAUGUACCGUGUUCAACGAGAGCUAUCUCAAGGAAAAUGGGGAGUUAUUGAAAAUAUGCAACUCAAUCCAGCUGGUGGCAAGUUCAAAACAACCAGACAUCGCUACAAGAUGACCAUUGCUGAUGACACUGUGGUAAGAGGUUCUGAUCUAAAGGAUGAUCGUCUCUUCCUCUCUCCUGCCAAUUAUGAGGACGUUCAAAAGGCAACAAAUGUGAUAGGUAGAGUUCAUGAGCUUGGUAAUGUUCAAACCGUCAGAGCACAAGGUGUAGACAAGAAAAGGGUCGAGUUUAGGUUAAUUGACUCACAGGGAAACGACCUUGCAUGUUGUCUGUGGGAAAGUUAUGCUGAGCAAAUAGAAGCAUUUGUGGAUGAGUUUAAAGAUCAAACUAUUGUUUGUUUGCUAAGGUUUGCAAAGAUCCAAUUUUUCAGAGGCGAGGCACAAAUCACAAACGCCUUUGGUGCAUCACGCCUCUAUCUCAAUCCAACAGAACCUGAAGUUUUGGAGUUGACAGAAAGCCUAUCUGAUGCUCAUUUACAACUUGCUCCUAUUGAGAAAUCUAUUGGAAAGAAGGAUGGUAAACGCAUAGCUUAUGACUGGAAUGAUGCUGAGAUCAGGUCCAUUUCUGAAAUCAUAGACGGGAGUCAGGUGGAGAUUUGUAAAAUCAUUUGCAGUAUUGAAGAAAUUGACACUGAUUAUGCAUGGUUUUACAUUGGCUGCAACCGUCACAGGAAACGUGUGAACAAGCUCCCAAAUAUUGAUUAUGAGAAGCUUACAAAACUUGACAAACCUAUGUUUCGUUGUGAAGUCUGUAAUGCUAAUAUCAUUAAUGUGGGACCUAAGUUCAAGCUUCAUCUGGUUGUCAAAGAUGACACAGAGACAUGUAAUUUGAUGUUACUAGGCUCAGUUGCACAGUCUAUCAUUGGCCAUUCGCCUGAAGACCUAUGGGAUGGCUCCUAUGCGGAAAUUGAAAAUCCAGAGAUACUACCAGAACCAAUUCUUGGUCUGAUUGGCAAGUCUUUCUGUUUUGGUGUCUCAGUAUGCGCGGAUAAUACCACAAAUGGAUCAGAUACCUUCAUGGUAUUAGAGCUUUGUUCUGGGGAUAAAGUUCUAAGUAUUGAGACCAAUUCUAUUGCAACUACUGACAUUGGGACAUCUUCAUCUACCAUGUCAUCUGCUGGUGUGUUGAUGUUGGACUCAAUUUCAAGUGAAGAUCCUAAAACUCCCUUUUCAAAACGCAAAGAAGAAGAUGCUGAUCUUCUUGACCAUUCAUCUACUUCCAAGAAACCGUGCACCAAGAUGAUCAAACAGGAAAUGACAAAGACAGCUUAA